AUGUCAACCAACAGCUCGUCGUCGUCGUCGUCGUCUCGAAAUCCCCUCUGCUUCGAACGUCGUCGAAAGCCUCAAUACAAUACCCUCACAACAAAUACCACACAAGCCAAAAUGACCAGGAGACGCUAUUUUCCAUUGCUUUUGAUCUAUGCUUUGUCAUUGUUGAUCCCGCCGUCAGGGGCAAUCCACGAAACCAGGAUCAUGUUGGAUGACAUUUCGCAGUAUUUUGAAGGCAAGAACUAUCCAUCGCAACGCUGGGAACGACUCUUGCAGUGCUUUCACAAGUGGAAUGAUACUGACCUCAUUUUGGCUCAAGAUGCCUCCUUUGCGGCCUUUUACAAUGCCUGGCUCGUUGGGGGUGCGGGCAUCGAUGAUCCUUGGGGUGGGGGUGGUAGAUAUCACGAAAGUGUACAGAACAAGACGGCCAUUAUGGGCUCUGGAUUUCGAACUUAUCAGAUACAAGAGAAGUGCAACUAUGCUUCCAACGUGGCGUACUACAGCUCUGCCAUU